AUGGCGGAAGACGUCAUGGCACCUGAAGACUUGGGUGAAGACGUCGAGGAUGCCCAAAAUGAAUACCAACUUUGCCUGGCGAACCCAAGUCCGGCUCCCGAAAGCACCUCCCUGGUCCAAGAGGUCACCGGUGGCCCGGUUCAUGGACGCCUACUCCAAACGAUCCUGAAGCUCGGACGGACUUAUGGAGACCUGAUGAAGACGUUCGAAGAGAACCAGAAGGUCGAGGCCCAGCGGUUCCUGAAGCAGUUCAAGGACGAGAGAGCUCGACUACUGGACGACAAGGAUACGCGUCUGGUCGGGAUGGCUGAGGAACUGCAGCGGGCUGUGGAGGCCCACGAAGCUCGUCGCCAGGAUGACUACAAGAAGGCUCUGGUGUACCUACGCGAAUGUUACGACCGUGAGCUGGAGCUAGCGCGCUCGCAUGCAAAGACUGAAGCGACGGCUGUCCUGCAUGAAGAAUUGAAGAGACUUGAAGACUCCUGGAACGCCAGGAUGGAUCAAGUCACGAGGCGACUCAACUUUGACUGGGAGACGCAGAGGUCCCUGAUCCUCCAGGAGAAGAACCGUGAGCUCGAGACCAUGGCCAGGAAGCACUCCGACUAUGUUCAAGCCAUCCAGGAUGAGUCUGAACGUGUCCUACGGGCGACCAGGAUGGAGAGCAAUCACAGCCGAGAAGACGCCCUUAGCCGUUUGCACGAAGACCUAAGGAACACGAAGAGGUCUCACCAGGAAGAGCUCACGGUCCUGUUGGCUGAAGCCCGCCGUGAAAUCGACGCGAAGGAAUCGGCCUAUGAGGUGUGGGAAGCUCGCCGAACCCAGGAGAUCUCGACCCUGCGCGAAGAGAUCAACCGGGUGACCAUGGAACUGGACGCUGCCAGGUCCGCUCAACGACGGCAGGAAGUCCUGAAUCGCGUCAAUUCGACAUGCCGCAACUGUUCUGUCCUGCAGGACGCGAAGGACAAGCUCCAAGCCGAUGUCCAGGAUCUCGAGCGACGUCUCCAAGCUGCGCUCAACCGUCCUGUUCUGCCCUGUGGCCACUGCCCGGCGCUCCAAAAGGCGAACGAUGGCCUCCAGGGCUGGCUCCGUGGACUCGAACUUCGGCUCCAGGAAGCCGACAUGGAUCAGAAGUGCGUGGCCCAGCAGCUGGAAGGAACUCUUGAUUCUCUCCAGAACGCUGAACGACGUGUCCGGGAGACCCACGAGCUGCUCCUCCUGGAACGCGAGCAACACGAGAAGGACUUGGACGAGCACCAGGAGAGCAUGCGACAACUCGAGCACGAUGAGACCAACAUGGGCCUCCUGAACCAAUCUGAGGAACAGCUGAGGCGCGACCGGUACGCCCAUGAGACCCGGGCUAGGCACGAACUCGCGGAACUCGACCGGCAGAAGGCUCACCUCAACGUUGAGAAGCGUGAGUGGGAGUUAAGGAAGCAAGCGGAUCGAUUUCGACUCAGCUGGUCGCUGUCCGGGAAGAGCUCUGCGACAUUCGUGACGAACCCGUUGAUGUCCGCCUACUUUUCAGUCGCGUCGACACCUCGAUACGGUCACAAAGCAUCCCUGAUCGUCCAGACCCUUCAGCAUACCGAAGUGAUGACGGAAACCGAAGACCUCUGGGCGCCUCCUACCUACCCUGGCGGAUUGUCUGAACCCCAGCCGUUUGCACCCCCCCGGACGAGCUCGGCGGCCAACCCGGACGCUACGGGUCGAGUUGCCGGAAUCGUCGGGAGCUUGGGAACGAACUCGGUGCCAUACCGAAAGGACAGGACGGUCAGCGGGGAGCGGACGCCUCACGCCGUGGCAGAGGAUCGAGUCUCCCCGGAAGACACGAACCCCCGUCGGGAUACCCUGGACCGGGCGGAGAUGGCUACGGAGGUGGCGGUCCUGGCGACGAUGGACCUGGACGGCGCCGAGGCGGUUUCCCUGGCGAUGGCCGAGAUUUUACUCCGUGCUACCCUGGCGGAGGUGGAUGUGGCGGUGGUGGUCCCGGCGAUGGUGGUCCUCCUGGCGAUCCUUAUCAACCAGGCUCGUCCAGACCCCCUGCUGCGGGGGUUGCGCACGCAGGGCGACAGGCUCUGGCGGACGCCCGGAAGGUCCUAG